UUUUUUUUUUUUUUUUACUUUUGAAGUUUCUUUUAUAUAUAUAUAUAUAUAUCUUAUUAUAAAAAUGACAACAACUGUUACUAACACUAUACAAAACGUGGAACUUCAACAAGUAUCUUUUAGGCGGGGACAUACGACUGCGUAUAAUGAACACGACAAUACUCAUCUACAACAUCGACAUACUCAUAAUAUGGAUAACGAAGCAGGUGUUGAACCAACAAGUGAUCCUUUAUUUUUAGGCACUAGUAAAAAAACAGAAGAUGAUCUCAAGAUAUUAAAAGAACAAGGCAGUUCAAAAAAGGUACGACAGUUUUAUCGAGAUCAAAAUGAAUUGAUUGAUAAUAUGUUGGGACCUUUGAAUCCUUUGAAUGAAGAAGAACAAGAAAAACAAUUAUUAAAGUUGAAAAUAGCCGUAUAUGGAUCAGUGGUGGCCAACGUUAUUUUAUUCGCCCUUCAAUUGAUUGCAGCCAUUACAUCUGGUUCUUUAUCUAUUUUUGCUACCAUGGCUGAUUCUUUUAUGGAUUUAUUGAGUUCAGUAGUAUUGAUGUGGGCUUCUAGACAAGCAGCUAAACCAAAUUUAACCAAAUACCCUGCUGGAAAAGCAAGAAUGGAAACUGCCGGUAUUAUUGUAUUUUCUUGUUUGAUGGGUUGUGUAGCUUUAUUUUUGAUUAUUGAAUCUGGACAAAAAUUAUCAUCUCAAGAUACUGAACCAGCUUUAUCUACUAUGUCUAUUGCUAUGGUGGCUACUGCUUUAGGUGUGAAACUGAUCCUCUAUCUCUAUUGUGUUUCAUUGUCUCAUCAUUCAUCUGCUAAAGUAUUGGCACAAGAUCAUAGAAAUGACCUACUCGUGAAUUCCCUGGGAUUGAUUACUGGUAUCAUUGGAACUAAACUUGUGGGAUGGGUUGAUCCUGUUGGAUGUAUUAUCAUUGCUCUUAUCAUUUUGACCAGCUGGGUUAAUACUUUGAUUGAAAAUAUUCAAUUAAUUGUUGGAAAAAGUGCAGAUGUUGGAUUCUUACAAAGAGUAACUUAUAUAGCAUUAACUCAUCCUGGAGUACUUCAAGUUGACACAUGUCGGGCUUAUUUUGCUGGUAAUAAUUUAUUUGUGGAGGUAGAUAUUGUUCUUCCUCCUGAUAUGCCGCUUUCAGAAUCACACGAUAUUGGAGAAGCCCUUCAGAUCAAACUAGAAUCUUUACCGAAUGUUGAACGUGCUUUUGUUCAUGCUGAUUAUGAAACUUCUCAUAAACCUGAACAUCAAAAAUCAAAAUGAAAUUAUAUUUAUGCUUGUCCAUGCUCCGAUUUUGAUCUUUAUUCGUUUAGUUUCUGAUGUUAAUCACGAGCCCUUUUUUUGAAUUUAUUCUAUCCUUUAGUUAUUUUUUUGAUUUAUAAAAAUAAAAUUUUUUUAUUUUAUUUUA